UAGAGGUGAUGAAAUUACAGAUGCGGCCUUUGUCACUCGCCUUGAGAGAGAACAGCAAGCUUCAGUUAUUUUUUCUCCUCGUGAACAAUCCUGUUCUAUCCCGGUGCCGCUUUUCAGUGCGCUGUAGAACGGAGAGGUUCACAAGUUUGAGUUGUUCAUCGCAAGUUCUGGGUCUUAUUAUUUGGGCUGCUGGAUGUUUUGAACGCUCACUUGUUAUUACACAGACAAGCAAGCGGAUACAAGCGAGUACAAGAGAGUCCCCGCUCAACAAGGCCAGCGAACUUUAUCAAAAAAGCAAGGUCAAUGAUAAGCCGGGGUUUCCUCAAAGGGUUGAAAUACCAGAUGAACCUUGCAUUUUCUCUUUCCUCGCAGGAAACGGCUCGGGAUAAAAACGCCAAGUAUCCCACACGACGUGGGUUCAGCCGUCCACGAACUUCGUCAAGAUGAAAGCUCUCGUUCACAAGCUCUGCGGAGAACGAAAUAACAAGCUAGUAAAACCCGAUAGGACUCCACUGAAACAGCGCUUUGCUUACGGCGUUGGACAUGUAUUCAACGAUCUCUGCAUCCAAGCAUGGUUCAGCUAUUCUCUCAUUUAUUUUACCAAAGUAAUGGGUCUAUCCGCCGUCAACGCUGGAUACAUUUUCCUCGCGUCGCAGCUCGCCGAUGCUUUUUCCACGCCAUUUAUUGGUUACCUCUGCGAUAGACAGAUCACCAAAAUAGUAGGGGAACGUUACGGGAACAAAAAGAUUUGGCAUUUAUUUGGUUGCGUAGGAAUCGCCAUUGUAUGGCCAUUUCUGUUUAGUCCAUGUCUCAUGUGUGAUGAGAAUACAGAAGAAUGGCAGAAAACCACGUACUUUGGUAUUUUAACUCUGAUCUUUAAUAUAUGCUGGCCUAUGGUGGAAAUAAGCCAUUUAUCUCUUAUGCCGCAUGUUGCAAGAAGGACGAAAGAUGCCAUUGAGCUAAGCGCGAUCAGAUCCGCCAUGAAGCUAGGAUGUGGAGUCUAUGUCUACGUCGUAACAUGGAUUCUACUAAAAGACAACAAAGAGACCCAGAUUGAUGCGAGUGUUCAAAAGCCAUUCACGUACCAAACCAUCAUCGUGCUAAUAACUGGCGGGAUUUUCGCGUUAGUUUUCCACUGGGGCGUGGACGAAACGACUAGACACAGGGAAAUGCAAAAUGAGAAGGAAAGAAAACGCAGUGAAUCGAUAAGACAACAAGAGAAGGAAGCAUUGAAAAUUCGAGAUCCCGAGAAACAGGCUUUAGAAGAUGAGUACAAUCACAUAGAAGUCAUCGACCGUGACGCGAAAAAACACAUGUUCGUCGACGAGAAGAAAUCGAUUAAAGAGUGGUUUAAGAGUACUGAUUUCUACGUGAUGAUGGUUAUUUAUUUCACGACGCAAAACACGACAAAUCUGAUCCAGACGUACUUCCCCAUCUACUUAACCGAGACUAUGCACUUUCCUAAGGAAGCCAUUGCUUAUUUUCCAUUGCUCAUUCUCGUAUUUGGAAUUAUUGCAAGUGCUGCCGUGAAACCGCUGACCAAGAAAUUCUCCAACCGAGUGCUGUAUUGUGCGUCCGCUGUGGUUGUCAUAGCCUCUGAAGCCUGGAUGUUUUUUAACCCGCAAGAAAGCCGCGAUGCCAUAUAUGCGCCCACAAUUUUACUGGGCUGUGGUGUAUCCAUCAUGGUCGUGACGUCAUUGGCGAUGGUUUCCGAUCUGAUUGGCGACGACAAGGAAUCAAGUGGCGUGGUGUACGCAGUCAUGUCCUUUGUGGACAAGUUAUCUUUAGGACUUAUUGUAUUAGGACUACAGGAGAAUACACCGGAGAACCAUGGAGGAGUGUGUAUUCCCUGUAUGGACUAUACGCGUACAGCUUUUGCCGUAAUCCCUGGAAUUGAAGCUCUCAUCGGAUUUGUCGCCGUCGCAUUCUUUUUCCAAAGAUCACCGCUGAAGAACUUUAAUGAGAAGAGAAGGGAGAAGGAAGAGGAAAAGAGGAAAAAUAAGGUCAUAGAGAUGAAGGAAGACGACUGUGAAAAAUUGAAGUAUCUCAAAUCAAGUGACGUUUGAAGAUUUGCCGUCGUACAUUCGAGCAAAAUCAUAUGUUCUUGUUCUCAUUAGCAAGCGGGCACUCCACCUUGGAAAACAGAACACAGUCGAAAACCA